AUGGUCGGGGACCCUCAACAGAAUGGCAAUCGCCGAAAACUGCCCUUCUUCAGUCGCUCGAGACCUAAUCAGCCGUUCACUGCCCGUCGCGCCAACACCGUCCACACACACCGAAUUAUUCGUGCCCUCCUCUAUCUUAUCGCCUGGGUCUUCAUCCUGCUGGUCGUGAUCGGAAACGUCGCCGAUAAGCCCGUCUUGCGAAACACCUACUUCCUCUAUCUCGACCUGUCCAACAUCAUCCCCUUAUCCGUGCCCAAUGCCGUCCUGAUCAACUCUAUCGCCCGGUCGAUCGGUCUGCACGAUUUCUACCAGGUUGGGCUGUGGAAUUUUUGCGAGGGCUACGAUAAUGAGGGCAUCACCCGCUGCUCCAAACCGGAAACCCUGUACGCCUUCAAUCCGGUCAAGAUCAUUGUGAGCGAGUUGCUAGCCGGUGCUAGUAUCGCUCUACCCUCCGACAUCACCAAGCCCCUCCACCUGGCCAAGGUCGCUUCACAAUGGAUGUUCGGCUUGUUCCUGACAGCUGCUGUUCUCAAUUUCGUUAUGAUCUUCAUUAGCCCCUUGGCCGUGUCUUCGCGACCUCCCCAGACCAUCAAGGCCGUCGUUGCCAAUGGAGGCCACCUCACCGGAAAGCCUCCUCACCGCCGCUGCAAAUUUUUGCUGUUCCGUUCGCUGCCCAUGCUGUUCCUCAGCUUCUUCACGGCCCUGAUUACCAUCGUGGCCUCCGCCGUAGCGACCGUUAUGUGGUAUAUCUUCGCCAACGUCUUCGCUUCCGCCGCGCUGGAUUUCAACAUUGAGGCCCAUGUCGGCACUCAAAUGAUGGUCUUUAUGUGGAUCGGCUCUGGAUCCAGUUUGAUCGCAUUCAUCGUUCAAUUCGGUUCCUGUUGUGCCUCCUGCUGCGGUGGACACAAGGCUCGCAAGCAACUCAAGGCGCAGGGCAUCAACUACAAGGAAAAGGGUUUCUACAACACUAGCCAAUCUGAUACUCCUGUGGAGCCUGGCUACCUGCCCGAGGACCGUGAGAUGGCCGUGCCUCACGCCGUGACCCGCGAUUAA